CUUUUAGUUGGUGUGACCCUGGAUGAGAACACGGCCCACCCCCACCUUGUUGUGAGCAACGAUUCAAAAUCCGUUUGCCUGGCAGACUCCCGUCAGACAUUGCCCGAUACACCAGAGAGAUUUGACACCUGGCCCUGUGUGUUAGGCCGUGAGACCUUUAACACAGGGAGACAUUACUGGGAGGUGGAGGUGGCAGGUAGGACUGACUGGCUGGUGGGGGUGUGUAGGGAGAACGUCCUGAAGAAAGGUUUCAUCCUCAUGUCUCCCAGGAACGGUUUCUGGGUCAUGGAGUUGUCCCAAGAGGAGUACUGGGCUCUGAAACCACCUCGGACCCUUCUCUCUCUGCCAGAAGCUCCUGGUCAGAUUGGGAUUUUCCUGGACUACAAUUUAGGAAUUGUCUCCUUCUAUAAUACCAGUAAUGAAUCCCAUAUAUAUACUUUCCAAGAAGGUCCUUUUUCUGGCCCUGUUCGUCCUUUAUUCUGUUUGUGGUCUUGUGGUGGGAGUCCCCUGACCAUCUGUCCAGUAGCUGCUCGGUCUGAAGUGCCCUGA